AAAAAAAAAAAACGAAAGAGCUCUCUCUCUCUACUCUCUCUACUCUCUCUCUAGCAUUUUGGGAUUCCGCGGGAUUUUGGGAGUGACCGUGAAAGGGAAUCAGAUCGGAGAUGUCGGAUGUUUCCGGUGACGGAGAUGAGUCGGCGACGGUAACCGAGCAGGCUACGCAACCGGCGGCGUCGUAUCCGUCGCUUACGGUGUCGGCGUCUUACAAGGAGAGCGGCGGAGGAAAAAGCUCUUCGAAGCGGAGGCCAACUAGGCCGAGCUUCGACGCUGCGGCUGAUAAUGAGUUCAUCACUCUGCUCCAUGGCUCGGAUCCAGUGAAAGUGGAGCUUAAUCGAUUAGAGAACGAAGUUAGAGAUAAGGAUCGAGAGUUAGGGGAAGCACACGCUGAGAUCAAAGCGCUCAGGUUUUCUGAGAGGCAGAGAGAGAAAGCUGUUGAAGAGCUUACUGAGGAGCUUGCUAAGUUGGAUGAAAAGCUCAAGUUGACCGAAUCCAUUCUCGAAAGCAAAAAUCUAGAAAUCAAGAAAAUCAAUGAGGAGAAGAAAGCCUCAAUGGCUGCUCAGUUUGCUGCUGAAGCCACCUUAAGAAGGGUCCAUGCUGCCCAAAAGGAUGAUGACAUGCCUCCAAUUGAAGCCAUCCUUGCUCCGUUAGAAGCUGAACUUAAGCUUGCUCGAUCAGAGAUUGGUAAGCUUCAAGAAGAUAACAGGGCUUUGGAUCGUCUGACUAAAUCAAAGGAAGCUGCCUUACUUGAUGCUGAGAGGACCAUUGAAGGUGCCCUGGCAAAAGCAGCCAUGGUGGAUGAUCUUCAAAAUAAGAACCAGGAGUUGAUGAAACAAAUUGAAAUCUGUCAGGAAGAAAACAAAAUUCUAGACAAAAUGCAUAGGCAGAAGGUUGCUGAAGUAGAAAAACUCACUCAGACUGUACGGGAGCUGGAAGAGGCUGUUCUUGCUGGUGGUGCUGCUGCAAAUGCCGUAAGGGAUUACCAGCGGAAAUUUCAAGAGAUGAAUGAAGAACGGAAAACUCUUGACCGGGAGCUUGCACGUGCAAAGGUUACAGCAAACAGAGUUGCUACGGUGGUAGCAAAUGAGUGGAAAGAUGGCAAUGAUAAAGUGAUGCCUGUAAAGCAAUGGCUUGAAGAAAGAAGGUUUCUACAGGGAGAAAUGCAGCAACUUCGCGAUAAGCUUGCCAUAACAGAUCGAGCUGCUAAAUCUGAAGCACAAUUAAAAGAAAAGUUUCAACUGCGUCUUAAAGUGCUUGAGGAGACACUUCGAGGAACUUCAAACAGCAGCACCAGGAACACAUCCGAGACAAGGAGCAUGAGUAAUGGACCCUCUCGCAGGCAAUCGCUUGGUGGAGCUGACAGCUUACAAAAAUUUCCAUCAAACGGUUCUUUUUCAAAGAAAGCUCCAGCUUCUCAGAUGAGACAUUCCUUGUCUAUUAAUUCAACUUCUGUGUUGAAGAAUGCUAAAGGAACAUCUAAGUCAUUUGAUGGAGGCACAAGAUCCUUGGACAGGGGCAAAGCACUCUUAAACGGACCUGGGAAUUAUUCUUUCAGCAAGGCGUCUGAUGACUCUAAGGAAGCUGAGACAGCUAAUGGGUGGAAAGAAAAUUCGGAGGAGAAGCCAGAAAGUGAAAACCCUGCAGCAGAAACCGAGGACAGUGUCCCAGGUGUUUUGUAUGAUUUAUUACAGAAAGAAGUAGUUUCUUUGAGAAAAGCCUCUCAUGAGAAAGACCAAAGCCUCAAAGACAAGGAUGAUGCCAUCGAGAUGCUAGCGAAGAAGGUGGAAACUUUAACAAAGGCAAUGGAGGUUGAAGCAAAGAAGAUGAGAAGGGAAGUAGCUGCCAUGGAGAAAGAAGUUGCUGCAAUGCGUGUGGAGAAAGAUCAGGACACCAGAGCCAAAAGGUUUUCAAAUAGCAAGAGCUCAUCCAACACCGCCCAGAUACUUGCUGGAAGAGCUGCUGGACGAAGUGGGUUAACGAAGAGUACCCAGUGAGGGUAGCUUCCAUAAUAUUAUUAAGCGGUUUAACCUUAUAUCAUGCUUUUACUUUGUGUUUUUUUUUUUACCUCAUGUGAUUGAUUGUAUCACCAUAUAACUUAGCAUGCUGCUAAUCCCAUCCUCACACCUAUAACCCAGUGAGUUUGAGAGAGUUUGUGACCUAGAUCGGGUUUAAACUGGUUAGAGGGAGGAGAGAAGAGAGGAGGAGAGGAAAUGUUGACAUUUUGGCUAACGUUUUCGUCUCUUCUUCGGAAGUUAGUUUGUUUGGGUGUAUAGGUUAGAGAGCUUUGUAUUGGCUUCUCUAGAGAGAGAGAGAGAGAGAGAGAGAGAGAGAGAGAGAGAGUUUGUGUACCUCUGAUUCCUUAUUUGUUUGUAGUACUCUACUUCAGUCUUUGUGUGAUUAUUCGUUUGAA